UGUACCUGUACCACCACCAGAUCUACACAAACUACUAGAGUACUGUCAAAGAGAAAGAAGCUGCCAAUACUCCUAGGAUGCGAUGCAAAUGCACACAACUCUGUUUGGGUUAGCAAAGACAUCAACAGCAGAGAAAUGGCUGGAAGUGUGUUUAUUUCAAGUGUGGACUAAGUAAGAGAUCAGAUCCUAUAAUUAAAAUGUUCCGAUUUCCUGUGAAUUACUCUACCAGAUGUCAAAAAUGGAUCAUACACUCGGGUAAUGCUGUUUUGGCAAACCUAAGCCAGAAAUUACUAAGAAAUAAGCUGAUCUGUAGCAAACAUUUCAGUGAAAAUAUUAGUAAAUCUAGAAGAUUGCCUACUACUGCUGUACCAUUCCGCUACAAAAAUGAUGAACGUUCAGAAAGUGAAUCGGAUAGGGAAAAUUUGGAUGAACAAAUAAUCCAUUUGAAUGUUUCCUCACAUUCACAAACAUAUUCAAAUAGUGAUUUUAUGGCCCCGAUUCAUUCCAGAAACAUUGACAUGACAGAUAAUUCUAUCAGUAACCAUGAAGAUAAAGAGUGGUUGAAAGAGUUACAGAAACUUCCAUCUUGUUCUGUGGGAAUUGAGUUGAGAAAGGAACUAACCAAUGCUAGGAAAAAAGUCAAUAACCAGAAUACUCAAUUAUAAGCUAUAAAAAAUUUUUAUGAAAACGCAACUCUCUGCGAACUUUUUGUAUGGAGAAGGAACUCUCACGAAUUUUACAAAAUCUCUUGUGAAUAUGCAAUUACGACAUAAGAUGAAAUUCCUAUGAACCUAAGACAAACAGAUAUUUGUGACAAAAAGGGUUUAUUUUGCUAGCAAUAUCAACAGUGAAAUCAUGGGUUGCCAAUUUUCGUUGCAAACCUGGAUUCAAUAAAAAAAUUUUUUUGCACCUUACUUUAAAGCCGGAUACGAUGCUGCCUUACAAGAAGAAAUGUAUUCUGAUGUUCGACGAAAUGUCUAUUAAGAGGAAUCUUGAGUACAACAUGAAAACAGAUUUAUUUGAGGGUUUCGAAGAUAUGGGCGAGUUUGGAAGAAAGCCUUUCCCUGCCCCUGAAGCUCUAGUUCUCAUGAUCAGAGGAAUCUAUAGAAACUGGAAAAUCCCUAUUGCCCACUUUGUAUCGAAUGGUGGAGUGUCAUAUGCUUCUUUAUGGUGUAUAAUUACAAAGGCAUUGGAAAAACUUAGUGAGACAAAACUAGACACUAUAGGCAUAGUAUGUGAUUUGAACCAAUCAGAAACUCAUAAAUCAUUUGGGGGUUAACAAAAACCAACCUUAUUUUUUUCAUAAUGAGAAAAAAUAUUAUGCCUUUUUUUAAUUCUCCCCAUCCGUUGAAAUGCGUUAGAAACAAUUUUUUGAACAAUAGUUUCAUAUUUAAUGGGUAGUUCAUAUGUUUUUCUGACAUUCGAAAAGGUUAUGAUCUUGAUAAAAGGAGCAAAACAGGAAAGGCCUUAUUGAAACUGAAUGAUAAGCACAUCAAUUCGAAUUCAUUCGAAAAAUGAAGGUUAAAUUAGCUGCCCAAUUGUUGAGUCACAGUGUUUAUUCUGCCAUUUAUUCAAACGCUCAGUCUAUAAUUAUUAUAAUUUUAUAUCAACAAUUUCAUAAAAAGUGAAGUUAUUAUUGUUACUUUAUCU